AUGGCCGCUUGCAUCGGAUAUUCAUAUCUGCUACCUAAGAUUGAGAUUUUCAACCUCGACGACCUCGAUGCUGCUUUGGAGAAAAUUUACGGCGAGGGCAAACUACGCACUGCUCUCGAGCCAAAUGGGUGGGCUGGAGAAUACAUAAACCUCUCUCUGUACCGCUACGAAUACCUUUACAGCCCCAUCAAUUCAAAUCUUUAUACCUCAAUUGUCACAAUGUCUGCACCUGAAGAGCCGGGAAUUAUGCGGGUCGUUGGGGAGCCAAAACACUUCAAGCUUGAGACGCUCAGCCGUGAUCUUGAAAAGAUUCAUGGCAAAGGAAAGGCGCGGUGGAAACUGAUCCAGGCUCACAAAGCCAAACUCGUCGCAAUUACGAUUGAAACAGAAGAUAUUUCUGCUUUGGCAGAACACUACGAAAGCCUUGGCGUGGAAGUUGAAUGGGAGAAAAAGAAGAAAUGA